CUCUUCUUUCUCCUUCAUAAUAUUUCCCGGCGAUUUUUACACACACACGUAACAAACACAUACAUACACAAUAUACAUAUACAUAACAGAACAAUUUCACAUCCACGGUAAGAUCGGAGAGUUUUUUAAUGGUGUUUUUCGGUAACAAAAGAAUGGAAAACAGAGAAGAAGAAGAUAAUAACAUUGACAGAAUGAGACCGCCGUUGCACAAUUUCGAUUUACCGCGCUUAAAGUGGGGAAACCAGAAGCUUCUACGCUGCAUGAAUGUUGACGAUGUGUACGGCGAUCGGAAGCAAUCGCCGGAAAGUUAUGGUGUUGGCGGCGCCGGCGGUGGUGAUGGUUUUUAUGUGACAGGGACACGGCGGAGGGAAUCGGAGUUGAAUAGACGAUUUAGAUCGAGAGAUUAUAAGUUUUCCUCGCCGGAGAAAUUGAAUCCGGUCGCCGGAGUAACCGGUGACGGUGAGAUCGAAGCGACUAGAGAGAAACUGAUGUUCGAUUUCCAGACGGAGGUAGGUAAGAUGAAGGACGCUAUUCUUAAAGAACGUUUAGCGGUUUCGCCGCCGGAGACGGCGGUGGCGACGGGAGAUGGUUCACCGGCGGAAAAGGUGUGGAAUUUGAGGACUAGAAGAGCUGCGUGUAAGGCUCCGUUGAAUGAUGUCAACGGCGACGGUGAGAGUUUUAAACCUAAUUCUUCUUCUCCGGUGAGAAUCCGGCCGGCGGUUGAAUCUACGAGUGGUGAGAAAAGAGAAAGGGAGAAAUUUUCGUUUUUCCUAUCGCGGAGUGACGUGGAGGAUGAUUUUAUGGCGAUGGCUGGCCGGAGAUUGCCACGUAAGCCUAAGAAACGGCCACGGGCUGAACUAAGACGAUUGGAUACUCUGGUUCCCGGAAUAUAUCUGACAGAAAUCACUCCAGAACUUUACAAAGUUCCUGAUGAAGCCGAAACCAGAAAGAGGUAGAAUUGAAUGGUGACGACGAGCAAUGGAGAAGUAUGAUGACUAAUAAUAACUGGAUUAGGCGUUACCUUUUGACUCCUUUGAAGCACGAAAUUGAUUUGAAGGGUUCUUGAUAAGAUCUUGUGGUGUAAAUUUCAGUUGCGUGCUAAUUUUGAAUCUAAUGCUAGUUUACAGCAUGUUCAUAUAUGUGUUUCUUUUGCUGUAGUUUUUGAUGUUCAAUGGAAUAAAACUUGGCAUUUUAC